CAGUCACCGCCGGAUGGGAGGAAAGGAGGAGGAUAGAUUUGUUAGAGUGGGCAGGGGAGAACGAGAGAGGGAUGCAAGAGGUGGAGGAAUGGGUGGUUAAGAAAUGAAGGUGUAGCCUUAUCAACGGAGACUAAUAAAACGAUCUUAUUUCUGUAAAAAAAAGAAAAACAGGUCUUUGCUGUUUAUUCUAAGCAGAGAAUCAUUUACUAUUUCUGACGCGUAAGGUUGCCUUUAUACGCCGUUGGACAUCACCGCGGAUCAAGGAUGAUAGGUUUGAUUAUAGCAUAAAUUAAUAACAAAGUAGACUUACAAUCCACAGUGACAAAAAAGGAAGAGGCAAACUAUGAUCCGAGGAUGAUUUCUGCUAAGAAAACUCCGGAGAAGAGUCGUUAUCCUAUUCACUAUUUGGUGUGGCACAACAAACACCGACAGCUGGAGAAAGAGCUGGCAACGAACGAGCAGACUGAUUUAGAGUUUCUGGACCCUCGUGGCCGGACUCCUCUCCACCUGGCUGUCACCUUGGGCCACCUGGACUGUGCCAGGGUCCUGCUGCAGCACGGAGCUGACGUUAGCAAGGAGAACCGCAAUGGAUGGACCGUUCUUCAGGAGGCAGUGAGUACACGGGAUCCGGAAUUGGUGCGUCUCGUGCUUCGUUACCGUGACUACCAGAGGACUGCCAAGAGACUGGCGGGCAUCCCCAUCCUGCUGGAGCGACUGCGCCAAGCCCAGGACUUCUACGUUGAGAUGAAAUGGGAGUUUACCAGCUGGGUGCCCCUGGUGUCUCGUAUCUGCCCCAGUGAUACCUACAGAGUUUGGAAGAGUGGUCAGUGUCUCCGCGUUGACACCACCCUGAUGGGCUUUGAACAGAUGACCUGGCAGAGAGGAAACCGCAGCUUCAUUUUCAGGGGACAAGACUCCAGCGCAGAGGUGAUGGAGGUCGACCAUGACAGGCAGCUGGUGUUCUGCGAGACCUUGUGCGUCUCGUCUCUCAAAGCCCUCUCAUCUGGCCGGGGGAAUGGCGCUGCCUGCAACAGCAACGCCGCCAGUUUAGGCCUUCUGGGGGCAAUGCAGCCCAGCGAUGAGCAGGUAGCCGCCAGGCUCUCUGGCCCCGUGGUGACCACUCAGCUGGACACCCGCAACAUUGCCUUCGAGAGGAACAAGACGGGUAUACUGGGCUGGAGGAGCGAGAAGACUGAGAUGGUGAAUGGAUAUGAAGCCAAGGUGUACGCAGCAUCCAAUGUGGAGCUGAUCACCAGGACCAGAACUGACCAUCUGUCAGACCAGAACAAGAACAAGACAAAAGGGGGGAAGACUCCACUGCAGAACUUUCUUGGGAUUGCUGAGCAACACAUGGGGCCUAACAACGGGGCCCUGGUGACCCAGAUGUCAUGUCCUGCGAUAACCAAUCCAGCAGCGCUGACGGCCGAGGAAUACUUUAACCCGGUCUUGUCCCCGACCCAGAGGGACAUUGGCCACCCGUGCCAGCUCACCACUAAGACCCAGAGGUUUAAAGCCAAGUUGUGGUUGUGCGAGUCCCAUCCUCUGUCCCUGGCAGAACAAGUGGUGCCUAUCAUCGAUCUCAUGGCAAUCUCGAACGCCCUGUUCGCUAAGCUGCGUGACUUCAUAACUCUGCGUUUGCCGCCUGGCUUCCCUGUCAAGAUCGAGAUCCCUCUCUACCACAUCCUGAAUGCCAGGAUCACCUUCAGCAACCUGAACGGCUGCGAGGAGGGGACGGGCGUCCGUGCCGACAACGAAGUGGGGGUGGAGGGGGAUGGACAGAGGGACACCCCCAGGACAGACACCCCUUCUCCAGGCAGUGACUCUUCCAGCGUCUCCAGCUCCAGUUCCACAAUGUCAUGCCGAGCCGGAGAGAUUCCCCCAUGUGUGUUUGAGCCUCCGCCUGGAUACUCCAUGCUGGGGAGCAAACAGAGAGACAGCAUAAGGGAUGACGAGGAGGACCUGCUGCAGUUUGCCAUACAGCAGAGUCUGCUGGAGGCCGGCUCCGAAUAUGAUCAGGUGACCAUCUGGGAGGCGCUGACCAAUAGCAAGCCAGGAACACACCCCCUGCCCUGUGACCCAAGUCGUGUGGAGAGGACCCCCCAGCACAAGCCCUGUGCCCCUUCCAGCCUCUGCUCCACCCCCUCCAAGAAGCAGCCAACCACCUGCAGCUACGACGAGCAGCUGCGCAUCGCCAUGGAGAUCUCAGCUCGUGAGCAGGAAGAGGCGGAACUCCGGCAGCGGCAGGAGGAGGCGGAGCUACAGCGCAUCAUCCGGCUGUCACUCAUGGAGAAAUGAGAGCUGAGUGGAGCAACAGGGGUCUGAGGGGAGGGGUCUGGACUAAGGACACAUGGGAGAAAAGGGCAGUGAAGGCUACUUUAAAACUUAAAGCACACUGUAAGUGGCUGGAAAAAAAGCCAAAAUCAAAGUCUUAGUGAUCUCAUACGAUGAAAUGGCCUCCGCGUUUCUCUCCCAUCUCCUUUGCCAGACCUUUCCCGUGAAGCCAUACGGGGAUGUGGCUGUCCAGCCUCUGACAGCCAGAGAGGGACCUACUGUAAGUUUCCUCUUUCUGGUGCCACACACUUUCUUGACCAGUGCCAGUUUACAACCAACAACACAUCCAAUACAACAAAUUUAGUGGAAUGCCUCCUUGGAUGAGUGAUUUUUUGUCUAUUUGCAGGUAUGUGUACAUCUAUGUGUGUGUGUUUGUGUGUGUAUGUGUGUGUGUGUGCGUGUGUGCGUGCGUGCGUGCGUGUUUCAAAACCAGCUCUCCACACAGGGUUAACAGAUCACCUUCUGUCCUGAAAAUGUAUUGUGUUAGGCCACUCCAGCACUAACACACACACUCACUGGGUCCUUUUGUCACUGAGUUGUGUGGAUUUUAGUCUUAACUGUGAUAUAAAAAAA